GUUCGCUCCGCGAAUAUGCACCAAACAUUAACAAAUCUGAUCGUGUAUAAGUUCGAGCUUAUAUCAACUUUGCUCCUUUCCCAAGAACUCUAUCACAUAUCUUCAUCUGCCCAUACACCCACUAGUACUCUUUCAUAUCAUGGCCAUGAAGCGCAAAUUCGACUUUGACGCCACUGACGACUGCCCCCAGGUUGCCAAGCAAAUGAAAAUGGUUCCCUUCCCCAACUAUGAGCCUGACACCGACGUUGCUAUGUCUGAAUCUCCUUCAUCUGACGCCGUCUCGUUUUUCCCUGAAAAUAAUCAUACUCGCCUUCAUUCUACUGCCAGCUCGUCAAGCGGUUCGUCUGUAUAUUCGGAUGCCAUCGACUAUAACUCUCCUUUGUACCCUCGUCUCGCCCAGGUCGUCGACUACCAGCCGGAUGAUCCUGAAAAGGCGGUUGGGCUGUUACAGCCUGCAAGUUCAUUCACUCACCAUGGUUCGCAUUGCUCACAAAUACCCAAGCUUCGUGUCGCCUGCUCUGCUGGUCCCGACGGCUCAAGGACGAUGUGGAGCUUUUGUGAACAAUGCGGCGCGAUUUCCAUGGUGGAUUCGGAUUGAAGUCAUCGACAUGCUUGGCACCCUUUUUUUAUUUUAUUUAUUUUGCUGAUUAUCCUUUCGUGAUUUGCUUUUCCUCUGGCUCAACUGGUCAAGUCUGUUUCCGACAUAUCGAUCCUAUAUCCGCCUCCCCUGCGCCGCUAACAGUUACCAUCACCUAUCCGCCUCCUUCGACUUCACCGCCCUUCUCGUGAUCAGCACCCGGUCAAUCUCCGAACCUCUGACAACCACUCGACAUCAAAACAUCAGCCAAAUAUCAUAAUGCUGCACUGCUACGUUUGCUAAAUAUGCUCUCGCUGUAUAUAUCUUGCCCCGUCGUAUAAAUUAUCAUGCUCUGUUGCUUUGACAUCA